UCACUCAGUCUCCUCUCAUGCUCUGUGCGGGAGGGAUGUGUUGGGUGUCCGUCUGUCUGUCUCUUUACUUAACUGUCUGUCAGGAUGUCUGUGUCAGUGUUCGUCUGUGAUAUUAGAGUUUAUUUAAGAUGAGAAAGAAUAAGUAGAGUGUUUGAAUUAGUGAGGAAAGAUUAUUAUGAUGGUGGAAGUGAUGAAUGAAAUAAAGAAGGAAGAGGAAAAAAAUGUGAUGAUUGAGGAUAUGAAAAGAAACGAAGGAAAGUGGAAAUGAGAAAGUGUGAUGUGUUUACUUAAGUGUUGAGGAAAAUAGUUUGUGAUUAUUGUUUGAAGAGCAAGAGAACAAAAAAAAAAGGUCAAGAUGGUGGUGUCGGAGGGCGCUAUCAACAACAUCAUGGGGGGGAUGGAGAACACGGCGGGGGUGCGUCUCCACUCCCACCGACACAAGCUCAAACAAAGGUUUGACAUAAUCCGGAAGCUGGGUCAAGGCACGUAUGGCAAGGUGCAACUGGCUGUCAAUAAGGAGACUGGACAAGAGGUGGCCAUCAAGACCAUCAAGAAGGCCAAGAUAGAAACGGAACAAGACUUAAUCCGCAUCCGGCGAGAGAUUCAGAUCAUGUCAUCCGUGCAGCAUCCGCAGAUCAUCCACAUCUACGAAGUCUUUGAGAACCGCGAGAAGAUGGUGCUGGUGAUGGAGUACGCAGCCGGUGGUGAGUUGUACGACUACCUGAGUGAGCGCAAGGUGUUAUCCGAAGACGAGGCGAGGAGGGUGUUUCGCCAUGUUGCCUCGGCUACGUACUACUGUCACAAGCACAAGAUCUGUCACCGGGACCUGAAGCUCGAAAACAUCCUGCUGGACCUGGAUGGAAAUGCCAAGAUUGCUGACUUUGGUCUCUCCAAUGUGUUUGACGAGAAGCACCGUUUGGACACCUUCUGUGGCUCACCCCUCUACGCCUCCCCAGAGAUCGUCAAGGGCAUCCCCUACACUGGCCCGGAGGUGGACUGCUGGUCCCUCGGCGUGCUGCUCUACACCUUGGUCUACGGAGCCAUGCCUUUUGACGGAUCAAACUUCAAGCGGCUGGUGAAGCAGAUCACUCAGGGGGACUACUAUGAGCCCAAGAAGCCCUCACGUGCGUCCGAGCUCAUCAGACACAUGCUGACGGUGAAUGCCAGCAAGCGCGCCACCGUUGAGGAGAUCUGCAGCCACUGGUGGGUCAACGAGGGGUUCAGUGAGCCCUGCCUGGAGGUGGCUGAGGCGCUGGCCAACCAGACACCCGUGCGCCUCGACCUGCUGCUGUCUCUCGCCCCCAAACACAUCAACUCGGAGCACAUGUUGAUCCAGCCAGAGGAGGACGACAGUAGCACCAGGUCCCCACCAAACUCCGAGGCCUCCCGUCCCCCUCCUAACCUCAAGCUGCCUCCACCUCCACCGGCCGAAGUUCCUCCCCCACAACAGGUUACUCCCGCCCGGUCUGCCUCGCUCGGUGCUCUCAGCUCCGUCAACUCCAAUGAGAUAGACGCUUUAGUGGCACAGAAGAUGCAGCAGAAGAAGGGAGAAGCAGAGGAUGAGGAGGAAGAGGAGGAGCGGAAGAGGAAGGCCGCGGAUGAGACGGGGACGGUUGAGAGACGGAAGAAGAAGCGCGAUGCCUCAGACACUUCAUUAAAGUCAUCGCGUAAGGAGCAGAAGCGGGAUGAGACCAGCGUGAGGCGUCCAGCAACCGGCCCGGAUGUCGAAGCGGCAGAGAAGAAAACAUCACGGCGGAAAGAGGCAGAGACCGAGGAGCUGGAGAAGAGCGAGAAACGGAAGAGCGGGGAGAAGAAGAAACGCGAGUCCCUCCUCGUCGACGGGGAAGCGAAUGACGUGAGUGAGCGGGAGAAACGGAGAAGCAUCAGAAAAGCGGAGAAGGAGAAGGAGAAGCUGGAGGCGGAAAAGGUGGAGCGGAAGAAAAGUGUGAAGAAAAAGGAGAGUGGCGUUGAGAGAGAUGCAAGUAUGAGUGAGGGGGUUGACAGGACAGAGCGUAAGAGUGUCAAAAAGAGGGACCCUGCCGCCACCCCAGAGAGCAGUGUGGAGAGGAAGACAGGUAAGAAAAAGGAUGCCUCUGGGGAUGACGCGAGCAGGAAAGACAAUAGUGAGUUUGCAUCCUCGUCUGUGAUAAAUGGUGAGGCGUUCGAGGAGGAGGAGGAAUUGGAGGAGGGAGGAAAAGGAGAACCAGCAAGACUUGAGCUUUCAAAAGACAAGUCACCAGCUCCUCGUGGGUCAACAGAGGGUAAGGUCAGGUCAGGGGAACAACUCGAGUCUCCAAUGGAAGAAGAUGCCGUUAAAAAGUCCCCAAGUAAGUCUCGGUCUGGGGAGUCCAAGCGAUUAGCCGAAGGGACCCUCAAGGCCUCUGGUUCUGCAGUCUCCCGAGAGUCCACAAGUCCGGCCAAGCAGUCAGGUGGGGCAGCUCCUUCCACCACCACCUCUCUCGCACCAUCACAGGAGACUCCACGCAAGAAGCCGUCACCACCACCAGGAGCAGCCACUCAGCCUCCUAAGGUGAGGAAAACAGAUUCAAAGUCCUUAGUCCAAACAGCCUCCAGGGGUCAGGGUGUGGCCGAGAGAGUGGCGGCGGCGGAGAGUGGCGGAGGAGGGGCCAGUAGGGUGCUAGUUAAGCCACCAAAGUCACCAGCAGCGAGCCAGACAGAAAAGGUGCUGCAGGAGACGGCAGAUAAGAUUAAGAGUAAAGAGGAGGAGGUGGAGCCACGCACUCCCGAUUCCCAGCCAACAGGACAGUCAGAGACGAGUAAAGACACCAGCCAGUCGUCCUCCAUCCUCUCGACCCCAGCCAGGAGUCGCGAUGGGUCAGAGUCAUCGGAUGGGGCGCCCCGGCCAGCCAGGCCUGACGGGGGCAGACGCCAGUCAAAGGUUUUCAAAGCUGCGGCCAUGUGGGAGAAUGGUCAGCCAAGCACCACCUCCCCCGCGGCCCAGCCAGACAAGGUCAAGAAGCCGGUUAUCCGACCCGGGCCGAAUGUCAUGUCUGAUCUGACCAAGAAGUUUGAGGUGAAGCCAAGUGUUGAGCGCAGAAGUAAGGUGGUGCCGUCCCUUAAGGUGUCAGAUGCCAGAAAGGCCUUUGAAGUCAAGCCAGCUGCUGAAAAGCCAAGUGUUGUACUGCGCAAGAAGGCCACACCUGAAACUACUCCCAGCCCCUCAACCCCUACUAAGGACACCCCUGCAGCGCCCUCCACCAAAGAGGCAGUGAAGGGGAAGUCGCCCGCCAGAGACAAGCCGUCGCCAGCUAAGGAUGUACCCAAGGAAACAGAGAAGCCAAGAGAAAAGUCACCGAGGAUUGGGAAGGAGAGUCUAAGCAGAGUGGGGAGCAAAGCCAAAGUGGAGGCUGAGGCAGAAAAGAAGGUGGAGGAACCGACUAAGAAGGAGAAGCCAGAGGUGACGAAGAAGACUCCACCAGCAGCUUCAGUGACGGAAAAAACAACCAAGACAGAGGAGCGACCCGUAGCCUCUCGUCCCCCAGAGGGAGUCCGGAAACCCACAGCUAAGGAAGGGAAAGAAGAGGCUCCAGCGAAGGUCGAGAAACCCUCAAAGCCAGACUCCAAGCAGAUCUUACGUCACCGUGAGUCCUCGGAAUCCUCGGAGUCUGAAUCGGAAGCUGAACGGCUCCUUAAAGUCUUGUCUGAGAAGAGGGAAAAGGUGGAGGCAGCCAAACAGGAAAAAUUGCGCAAAGUGUCAUCCACAAAAGAACCGCAAGCAGAUGAGGUGGCGAUCAUUGAGAAGCCACAGCCUAAGCCCUCGCCAAAGGUCUCCCCUAGCAAGUCCCCCAGCAAGGCAUCCCCCAGCAAGUCCCCAGAGAAAACCUUGCCUGCACCUGACACUCGAGAGACAGCCCAAGAACAGAAGUUUGCGACUCUGCCACGUGGCUUCAAGACCAAAGGCGCCCAGGCAAGUGCCACUCCUGCUCCGGCCGCAACCCCUACAACCCCGACAGGUGACCGCCCCAAAAAGGACCGUGGUGCCAUUAACCAAGAGAUUGAAGGCAUGAUGUCAGCAAUCAAGGCAGUGGACCAGGCCAUUACCAAGGAGGAGGAAGAGAUCAAGAUGCUGCGAGACUCCUUGGCACGUAGGAAUGAGGAAGGCUUGAACAAGGCUCGGGAAGAACAGGCUAAGGCUCGGGUGGAGGACCAGAAGAAGGCUGUCAUUGAGGAGGAAGAAGAUGAGAUGGAGGAGGAGGAGGAGGAGGAAGAGGUGGAGAAGGAAAGAGAGGAAAAGAAAGAGGAUAAGAUUGUAGAAGUGCCAGUUAAGGAGGAGAAAGAAGAUGAGGAAGAAGAGGAGGAGGAGGAGGAGGAGGAGGAGGAGGAAGAUGAAGAUGAGGAAGUAGACAAAAGGAUGCAAGAGGAGACUAUAAACCAGGCACUGCGGACCAAAGAGAUCAUACCAGUGCCGCCUGAGCAGGUCUUGGCGCCCUCCAUCCGAGACAGACCAGACGUACACACCAGCAGCGCCAUCAUCCUAUCAAACCAGGGGCCAAGCAAAGGGGCACAGAAGACCCCAGAAGCUACAGACACAGACCGCAAGAAAACCAAGUUGGAGAUCGUCCUCAACAGCAAGCAGCCUGAGGGAGAUGCCAAACGUGCCUCCUAUGCAGAGAUCAAACUCACCUCACCGUCCACCAAGGAGCCGCCAAGGAGUGGAGGAUUCAGAUCGGAGGUUUGUGCCACCGUUGGGGCUGUACCACCUGAGCCCGUUCCAGGACCUAAACACGGACCAGGACCAGGGUUUGGGCCGGGGCCGGGCGAGUCUCAGCUGCAGCGGGCCAAGAGGGAGCGCAUCAUCCCAAUCAUGCUGGAGGAUGAUGAUGAGGACGACGACACAACUGCCAGCGAAUCACACCUUCCUCUCGACAAGCCAACUAACUCGCCGCAACUGGGACUAGAAGAUUUGGCAAGGCAGUCAAACGGCAGCAGUAGUGUUGAUUGCCGUUCCUUCCCCUUCUUCCCCCACUCCAGCAGCUGGCGCAUUGGACCCUCCAUUACCUCCGGCAGUGCCCGCAUCACCCCCCUGUCCUCACAGCUCCCCAACAGCCGUCCCCCAGACCCUCGUACACCCCCAGUUUGUACGCCAGCACCUGAACCGAUAAGGAAAUCGAGGCGAGAACGAAUCAUUCCGAUAGCUGUUGAGGGGGAGGGCUUUGUGACCCCCCCGCCCCACAUGGACGAGGGAGCAGGACUUGGGGCAGGAAUCGGGGCUGCUAGGGCACACCAAGCCUUCAGCCGCACCCUGUCUGGCCAUCCUAACACCCUCGGUGGGACGGAAGCGGGAGACCUCCUUUCCGAGUGCUCCUUGCUCUCCCAGACGCUCUCUCUGGCUGAGUCCUCCACCACCACCACUGCCUAUACUUGGCAAUCCUCUCGCCACUCACACACUAACAGGCGUGGGCGCGGCAGUGGCUUCAUACUCGACCACAGCGAGAGUUUCAGUUCAGCCGGCGAGGAGGAGGAGGAGGACGAGGAUGAUGGCUUCCAGAUCUUGACAGCUGAGUCGCUCUUCUCAACCCUCCUCAACCGCGUCCGUUCCCUGACUCGGAAGAUGAAUGCCGAGGAUGGGAGGGGUGACCGAGUGCGCCGAACAUCAAAUCGGCCAACUCCAGAGCCCGGCGGCCCUCCUGGGAUGCCUCCUGGAGCUGUGCAUUCAGGCUCAGCAGGAUUUUGGUCAUCGCUUUAUAACUCUCCACGCGACUCUCCUGCCAGACGGAUCUCAGAGACAAUGUCAAGGAACAGCCUAGGAAGGGACGAGGAUGGACUAGGAGGUCUCGGCUCACCACUCUGGAAUCGCAGUGUGUCCCGUGACCCCUCAGAUGCCGACACUCUAUUCUCCGAGCCUUCCUCAGCCUCCCAGUUUGGCACACUGCCCAGAGGGUGGCGGGCGUCGCGCUGGUCGGGGGCGGAGGACGGCGGUGAGAGUGACACUUCGGAGGCGUCGUCGGUUCGGUCGAUGGGUCGCCGACCCCAGUAUUCCCGUGCGCCCUCCAGAGAGCUGCACAACAUUCCCGACGAGGAGAUGGCUGCAGGGGGUGGCCGAGGCGGCUACCCGGGGGGAGGAAGGUCACUGCCACGACCAUACUCAGCCUCCAGCGGCUCCAACCAGCAGCAGGGCAGAGGAAUGCAGGACAACGCCGACAGAAUAGCGGCCAUGUACGGGACCUUGCGAGGCCCGCUGAGACGCCCCCACUCUACCGUGGGUGGCACGCCGGGGGAAUACUUAGGGAGGGAUGGUGGGCACUGUGAGCAGCGACAAAAUAACAACGCUGCCACUCAAAACGGCGCACUUGCGUCGCAGUAUUCCCUUGGCGAUUCUCGGCAACAACACUCCGGCGACGACACCACAGCGCUGAAGCAGAGCGUACAAGAACAGCUGCAGCAACUGGUGCGGGAACUGGAGGAAGGCGACGACUCGAUCCCGGCGGGAGAUCGGCGGGGCACGGGACUGGGUGGAACUAGAAGGCCGCACUACGCCUCUAACCCUGCUCUCCACCUCACCUGCCCUGCCGGUUUGGCCAGGGACCACAGGUCGGUUAGUAACGCUGACCUCAGCACGGCGGCAGCGAUGGGAUCCUCCUCUAGCACCUGCCUAGCGCCGGGUGAGGCCGCCACAACCAAUCACAGCAGAGCCAUGUCAACCUCAUCGAUGGUACCCGUCAAUGGCCCUGGCCACAGGGCUCCGCUGCAGGCCGGCGGGGGCGGCGCCGCUAAUCUCAGCAGAGACAGGACCGGCAGCCUCCGCUGGACACGACCAAGCGUCGGCAGUAUGCAAGGAGGGGCGGGCUCCGCGGUGGGGAGGGGCGCCGUGGACAUGCACCCAUAUCAAAGAGGCAGAUCUGAGGACCUCCGCCACGCCCUGGAUUCAUUGGCUAGGAUGGAUUCCAACAAGCCACGUCGUGUGGCCUCCAUGGCAGCAGAUAAUUCCCCAGCUCCGCCUGAUAAACCUAAUGGUCCACAGAACUGUGUUGUCGGCCAACCCAAUGAGGCAGACGCUAAACCAUCAACCAGGACUUUGCCGCGACGCUUACCGGUGGCGGCCAACGACAGCAGCGACAAGAAUAACAACAGCAGCGUUCUCGGCACCAGCAGAUCGAGCAGCGGCAUCCCCCUGAAAUCCAGCACUUCUGGUGUAACCAACACUGGCAGCAUGGGCAGUGUUCUCAAGGGCAUACGUGUCGGCCAGGCUGGGAGUACCACCACUAAUACCACCACCACUACCACCGCCACUGCUACUACUACCACUACUACUGCUGCAUCAACUACAACUACGAACAACAAUACCAGAAACAUAAACAAUAACUCCAACCUCGGUUUCAACACCACCAAAAACACCGCCACCAGCUCCAAUAAAGACAGCAGCAGCAACAUUCCCCGCAGCGGAAGUGGCCUGCUGCAGGCCACCAAAGUAUACCGAAAGAGCAAGUCUCGGGAGCUGAUGCCCACCAUCGAGGCGGCCAGCGAAAAAUUUGGUCAGCUCAACUCUGGCACGCUCAAACGGAUAUCUCCCUUCGAGGCCUACCGCCGCUCAAAGUCCCGGGAGCUUCCCCUCGACCACGCUAAUGCCAACAACAUUGUGGUUAAUAACAACAAUAACAUCAACAAGGAGACGGUAACCAACGCCAGGCUCAAGUCGCCCCCAACACAAGUCAACCCAGAGCGGCCCAAAGUAUCCUUAGAGAGAUCAAAAACGUUAACCGAGAAGAGCGAAGUCACCAAGCCGCCAGCAGGGGAGACUGAGGCAAGCAGAGCGGGUGAGGUCUCCAGCCCCCAGCCUUCGGCCAGUCUUACCCGCUCCUCGAGCACGGCUAAGAAUGAGAGAGUCAAGGACGGCUCCAUCCCCGCGACUAAAGUGAGUGGGCGAGAGGGUAAGUCCAUCGAGGCAGCGGCUGAAAAGACCCAGGGCCGAGAACGAGAGGCUGAGAAGUGCGAGGACAAGGCCAAGGUGAAGAAGACCGCUUCCAGUGACCCUGACAAGCCAAAGUCCAUGUACAAAAUGUUGACUUCAAAGUUUAACAGGUCUGCUUCAUUUAUAGCCGACAACAUUCGUUCGACGGUGGCGGAAGAUGACGAGACGGGGGAGAAGGAGGACAAGUUCCGACUGAAGCGUCCCUCGAGAUUCACGAAGUCUCGUACUGAGAAGAGUGCUUCAAAGACCAGCGUAUACGACGCUGACGACGAUGCCGACAAGCCUGAGAAAAAGCCGUCCAAGAAGCUUACCGAUGCGCUGAACAAGUUCUUGGGGCGCAAGGACUCUUCCAAGGAGGAGGUGCGUCCCGCUGGAAACGUGGGUAAGGCUGCAUCAGCAGCGCCAGGCAAAGUUCCGCAAGAGGACGACCAAUCCAGAAAGCCGCCAAAAGCCAAGGGUAAAAAGGGUGAGGAGGAUCUGCACCCCCCUCACAAGGAGGAGGGCGACGCGGAGACGACAACAACCGCCACUACAACCACCACUACCAUCACCACCACAAGCACCACUAACACAACAACAACCACAACCAUGGCCCCAACUCAACCGAAUUAUACGCUUGAGUCUGUUACUAAGAGCAUCUGUAACCACCUGUCGCAACUGGAGAGCGAUAUUACCUCGCGCAUCGGCAAUAUGGGGACGCAGGAGCAACGCAGUGGUGGCGGCGGAGGCGUGCGACCCGGUGGGAGUGGCGGCGGAAGGGUGGCGACAGCGGCGACCGGUCCCUCCAUCAGCAAUUAUGGCCUCUCCCCGGCCCUGGCCAACCGUCGCAACGGCCGCCCCACCAACCUGGAUGCGGCCGGGAGGGCCAUGGAAGGAGACUAUCACACCGGCAGAGCAGUCUCCACCCCUCCGCCAAGCAAGACUCCAGCCGUAACCAAACCCACGACACCUCAGAGCACCACCAGCAUAGCUGCUGAAGGUGACAAGGGUAAGAUUCAAAAUCCUCCCGAGGCCAGCAGUCCAACCCCAGACCCUGGGGAGUGCCCUGAGGAGCAGCGAGGUCAAAGCGAAGCCGAGGACGAAAGCGUGAUGGACCGCAUCACACGCAAGAGUUACUACUCCAAGUUCCAGGAGAAGAAGCGGCCCAAGCUACGGCGCGCUAACACCCGCGAGGAUAUGGACCAGCAGCUGGCGGCAGCCAAGGCACGUCUGCUCAAGGAGGAGCGAGAGGAAGCGGUACUCGGCGCCCGCCGGCUUUCUUCCCCUCGUUCCCCGCCGUCCUGGGACCCUAACCGACCUGGCUCACGUACAUCAUUGCCGCCUGAGGAUACUGUCGCUCUUAUGCAUCUAGGUGGUCAGCGGGGCAGCUCCCUCCAACCCGACCACCUGCUUGGGCCACAGCCUUCCCUCAUGACGGGGGAGGUUCCACACCACCCACGUAUGCCCUCCCUGCCCAACGAGGACCGCUACUUGUACCCCCGUGCGCCCUCCGUCCCCCGCGACGACUACCUGUCCUACGGUGCUAGGAUGCAGUCUAACCCGCCCGAGGAGCUGCUGGGCGGCCCUUACAGCCGCCGCGCCUCAUCCAUGGCGCCCGAUGACUUCAUGAGCCGGUCAUCAGGGGAGUCCUGCGUGCAGAAUGCCAUGACAGCGGCGGUUGCGGCAGGAUCACUAGCGGGCCAGGUUGCAGCGGACGGCGCAAUGCAGCGGGGCGAGCCGUCUUCCCGCGAGCCUUCGGUGGGCCGCAUGCGAAGCCCCGAGCCAGGCAGCGUGGAGGAUACUCGUAGCCAGGCCCGGGAGGAAUUAUCCCGCCGCCUGACUCACCUGACACGACUAUCUGCAGGCAGCCAACUGAGCGGCAGGGGUCGUGGUACUAUCCCCCGGGAGGGGGAGCAGCGCCCCUACCGCCGCACCAUCACCACAGGCCGCUUGGCAGGGGAGUCGACGGGGCCUCCGGUGUACCGCCGCACCAACACCAUGGACUUGCCGCCCGCCGACGCCCGUGCUCGUCCCGGCAGCGAGUAUCGUCGCCACCUGCAGCAGGACCCAGCGCGCCGCCACUCAGCUGCCAGCUGGGGCCUCGGCGCUGGCAGGGGCAGGUUCACCAUACAAGAGACGCUGGUGGAAGGCCAACCCCUGACCAGCCCCAGUCCCUCAACCCACUCCCGGUACACACCUCAAGCACAACAGUUCACCCCAACUCGCCUUUCUCACCCCACACCUUACAUCCCACCCUCACACCUGCAGUCCCAUUCCUCCUCUUCCUCUUCCUCCUCAUCCCACUUAACAUCCCCAUCUUCAACCUCCUCCUCCUACCACGGAACAGGCCCCUACUCCUCCUCCUCUUCAACCCUUGACUCCUCCCGCUACACCUCACCUCUGGGUCGACGGUCAUCCUUCUACAGGUACUAAGGGAGUGGACAGACUACCCUGACACACCACAUAGGAGGGUCCGAUGGGGCUGCACUGUGAGGGACCUUGACAGACAUCUCUAUGUGUUGGUAUGAAAGAGGAUGAUGGACCUUCCUAACAAUGGGUCAAGUGAUUCAUGGGGCUGCACUGUAUGAAAAAAGUGUAAUAUAACAGUACAAAGACUUCCUAUAUGACUUUUGCUCCACUGGGAAACAAGACAUUGGAUCAUUGAACCAUGCUAAAGUUAUAGAACCCAUGGAGCUUAAACAUCUCAGCAUUGAAGGAGUGGUGUCUGCCUAAACAACAAGAGCACAUCACUCUAACCAGUCACCUUACAAGACAUGAUUUCAUUCUACAUCAUUCUAAGUGCCAAUAGACACCACCCCAUUGAUCACUCCAGUAACUGCUGCCUCCUCUCAGCAUGUGUAUAAUACAGCUCAUUGUACAUUCAUACUUUUUACAAUUACUUGAAUAUGGCCUGUAAUAUUGCCAUUUUUUGUAAAGCAAAUAGCUUGACACUUACUUGAUGCCAAAGAUUUGAAAUUAUAAACAAAGUCAGCAUCUCAAUAUCUGACAAACCCAAACUGACAAGAUGUCUAGUCAUGUAAGUCACUUUGUGGCUUGAUCUUUACAUUUUAUGCCAAAGACAAACUGUGGAACUUCUGGUGCUAUUACAGUACACGUCAAUCAAAUCUGACCAAAGCAGUGCCUUGAGCAAAGCUUCCAUAGAGAUUCUUAUAAUGCACAUUUUUGUUCCCACUCCGUCCCUUUUCUGCACCAGGGAGUACUUAUGUAACAAGCAAAUUCAACACAUAAAUAAUAAUCCAUCCAAACUGAGGCAGUUCUUGCACAUAUUCAAGUUCUGCAUCAUAACAUGAGUAGCACCCCAACUAUACCAUAAUGUCCAGGAUUGAUGUGCCUUACCAGGAAAGAAGCAUAUAUGAAAAUGUGGGGAUUGGAUUAACCCGGUAGCAGCAAUAGGACAAAUUUGUGGCUUUACCGCGUACCAGCGACGGGCCAAAUUUUUGUCUUGACAUAAACCACCCAAAAUAGAGGAUGCACCAAUUGAUUAAAAAUGCAUUGUUAUCUAUUAUAUAAUGAUUUGCAUGAGUGAUGAUUUUUUUCUCAUUAAUUCGCUUAGAGGAGCCUUUAAGAAACAUGAUCACGCAGCUACCGGGUUUAGUAGAUAUGCAUUUUAUAGCCAGGAGCAUGGGGAGACUCAUCUGCCCCAGCCACACUUAUUGAUGGAGUUCCAAGGAGUAAUCUUUAGAAUGGAAAACCUACCAUGAUGGCCUAGCAUGAACCAAAUUAGUGUGCAUAUCCAGCUCUAUACCUAAGUCAUAGAGGAGUAUAAUAGUUACUUGACAUUAAAUAUGCUAAGUAGAUACUUAUACCACUGUUAAGAGAACUCAACUGCUUGUCUUUGCAAUAGCUCUUAAGAUGUCCUUUUAUGAACCACAAUUCCUCUGCAGCUUACCGGAUAAAUUAAAACUGUUUUUAUCAAUUAUUUUUACUCCUGGACUUAACUUGAUAUGAAAUGGUAUCAAAAACUGUUCCUCCAGCCUCAGAACCAAAUGGAGAGAAUAAUAUUUGAAAUCACAGGAGCUACUUUAAUAUCUCUUUUUUAAUUACAGAUUUUGCUCACCAUUUGUAUUAAUUUGAUGAUAAAUUGGACUUGUUUUCACAGCUGUAAUUUGUCAUUGUUCUUGUACCAGAUAAAUAUAUGUUGACAAGGAAACAAAGCAAGUAGCAACAAUGAUAGAAAUGUCAUGUGCCUCUUCGAUAUCAUGAUAUUCAUUAACCCUUUCCAUCCAUGCCGCAGACAUCGGCAUCACAGCAUGGAAAGGGUCAAGAGGAAAUGGAAGAGGAUUAAUCCUUUUCUAAACCUCUCAAUCUUCCUCUUAAUUCCUCCUAAUCCUCUUCCAUUUCCUCUUAAUUAAGAGGUUUAGAAGAGGACUAACUCUUUCCAUACGGUGACACCGUCGGACGCCGAUGUCGGUGUCGCCGGAGUGAAGGGGUUAACAGGGGACAUGGCUUGUGACAGGACCUUUUGAAAGCUGAAAAAAGAAUAUACUAAAGCAGCACAGAGUUGUCUCUUAAAAGGCCUUUCACCAAAAAGAUAGACAUAAACCAGUGACAAGUGUAUUGGAGUAUUUUCCAGACAUUCGACUCAAACUUGUGAUGGUUAUUGGGUUCUCUAUCACCGUGCCUUCAGUGUAAAUACUCAAGGAAAUAAACUCUUAAUUUGUAUCAUUUGUACCCCUAACGACUUUGUAAACUAAUCACAUAGGUCUCAUCAUAAAGAAUGUCCCUAUGUCAUUAUGAACCCCCACAGAUUUUUGUAUCAUUCAUAUUCCUAGUAUCUUUGUCAAUAUGUCCACUGUAUUGUGUAAAGUGUCCUUGCACCAUCAUGCGCCCAACACAGUCGAGCGCAGGUGGGUCAAUUUGUACGUACGUUCGUGCUACUGUGAUUCUAGACUUUAUCUGUAGUUCCUUUUUUAUCAGGGUGGUGGUGUUGCCAGUGGUGAGUCAGUAGGUCCUAGAGGAGCCAGUGUGCAUAUUAUGUCACAAGCCAGAAGAAACUUGUUGCUUCCUGGGUGAAUGUCUUGAGGAAAAAAAAUGUUUUUUGUAGUUGUUUUCUAUGAGGUGUUCUUCAAAGUAACAAUUGGCUUCUAAAGUAAUUUUUUUUGUCCUGCAUGGCUGCUGUGAGAAUGAAUGCAAGUCAUUGUAGUCACUGUAUGAUACACUUUGAUUAGGUUAAUGAGUUAGUUGCAUGUUAAACCUGUAUGGAUAGGAGCAAGUGGAGUCUUCUGCCUUGGCAGCCCCCUAAUGAGGGAGAAUCAAGGAACAGACAUCAGAGUAAAUGAGACGUAAGAUACAGUACAUAUCUAAACACCAUCUUGAGGGGUGAGGUGGAAGCCAUGUCUUGUACAUUUAUUUAGUCGCAUUCUACUGCCUAUGUCUUUUGUUUUAAAUAACAUGCAGGCCAAGAUUUAAGGCGAUAUCCUCAUGCUACUUUCCUGACCUGCCUCACCCCUCCCUUCUGCUAGCCAGGAGGGAAAUCACACCACAGGAAAAGGUUGUUUAUAAUUCUUAUUUAAUCAGUGUGUUGACCAAAGUGCAGCAGCAGCUUAAGCUACACUCUGGCUGGUAUGUGUUGUUUCUGUAAACAUUAAAGACUGAGAAGAGA